CGAACACAAUUGUGGCACUUUCCCGUACGAAAACAGCACCGCCAUCGAUACGCGAGCGCAGGAGAGAUUUACCAAGAUUUUCAUUCCUCUCUGAAUCCGCGAGAGAGAGAGAGAGAGAGAGAUGAGAAACCACGGGCAUCGGAUCCCCCUGGAGGUGAUGGGAACCAUGAUCGAGAUGGCAGACGUCGCAUGGAAUGCCCUCGAGCAUCGCCGGGAGAGGAAAAUCGUCACAGCCGAGGUGGAAGAUGAGAUAGCGCGCCUUCACUCUGAGAACCACCGCCUCAAGGCUCUCCUCGCCGAGAACGCCCACCUUAUCCAUGACAUCUCGCAGAUUCCUUCUCUGAUCAACGAAUGUCCUUCCGAUCUAUAUUCACAACUCUUAGCUGCUGUGAACUCUACAAACUUCCUGGAAACAAUUGAAUCACUUGAUAAAAAGCUCAUAUCUGGAUCGAAAGCGGAUUUAUCAAACUCCAAAUACACAGAUCAGAAUGCUCCAGAUGUUUUGAUUCGUGAUGAUGAGGAUGAUUCUAGUUGUUGGGUCUUGGUUAUGCGUGAUGCGGUUCCAUAUAAUUUGGAGGAAAUGAGUGAAAUUGACACUGAAAAUUAUGUUAUAAUAACUGAGGAGAAUGUGGUUGAUGGCAUCGCCAACUUCAUGGCUAGAUGUAUUCUGGAAAAUCCAAAAUCUAAGAGCAUAUCACCACAGGAACUACAAAAAGCGGUCAGCAAGGCUUUGGGUGACAUGAAAGGCAGGAAUGUGUUGAAGAGCUUGUGGGACGCUGGAAUAGUCAUCUACACCUUAUCAACUUGGGGAAUAUUUCUAACAGGGCUAUACAGACACAGGGCUAUUGUCAAAUCUGCUGCUAAGGCCGCUCAUGCUUCCACCAAGUUUGUCCUAAAAGCUCUCUAAACUUGUAAAAAUUUAAUUAUAUUCACUAAAAAAUUGUAUUUAUUUAAUAUAUAUUAUUCUUUGAAUGUCAGUUUCUUAUCUUCUUUUCUUACAAUUUAGGGACAUUUACAUGCAUACCACCCAAUUCUUAUGUAUUUA